AUGGGACGGCGUGCGGGGCUCCUGCUGGCGUGGGCCUGGGGGCUCCUCAGCACCGUCAGCGCCGAAGGGUACACACCUAGGACUCCGUAAACGAUGCCAUACUUUCCAGAAAUGAAAGAUGGCAAGUGUUUCUUUCCGUUCCGCUAUAAGGACAACCUGUACUACGACUGUAUCAAGUUCAAGGCCAAGCACAAGUGGUGCUCCGUGACGGAGAACUUUGAAGGCUACUGGAAGUACUGCUCUGAGACAGACUUCGCAAAAUGCGUGUUUCCCUUCUGGUUCAGACGCACCAUCUACUGGGGAUGUACCGACGACUCGGAAGCAUUUGGGAAACGAUGGUGCUCACUGACCCGGAAUUUCAACAAAGAGAAGGUCUGGAAGUAUUGCGAUGACAUGUACUUGCCUCAACACUGA